AUGAUUUUUGCCAUUAAAAAUACAGCGCCCGAAGUGUUUGAAUGCGCUCUCGACUAUAUACCCGGCUAUUCAUUCCCAGCCGACUGGUGGUCAUUGGGCUGUUGCGGAUAUGAGAUGCUGUGCGGACAGCGGCCGUACGACAUCCACUCGACCACACCUCUAGAUCAAGUGCUGGCGAUGCAACGCAAACCGUGUCCCGAGUUUCCCGCACACAUCACCCAUUCGUGUCAACAUAUGAUACAACGGCUACUGAAUCCGGACCCGAAGGCGCGGAUCAGUUGCAUCGGUGACCUGAAGAAGUGCUCCGCUUACUCGACGAUGAGCUUCGAGGCGGCGCUCCGGCGAGCGGUUCCGCCGACGUUCGUACCGCCGAAGGAUCAGCUGAACUGCGAUCCGACCUUCGAGUUGGAAGAGAUGAUAAUCGAAGCGAAUCCGUUGCAUAAGAAGAAGAAACGGCUUCAGAAGCAGCAAAGUAUGCGACGGAUGAAUACCGUGAGCUCUGGCGGUGGCGCCGGUGUUGAGCGCCAGAACUCUAGUCCCAUGUUUUCGGAGACCGGAGCCGGAGAUGAGGUCGAGUUGUCGGCGGUGGAGAAGUGCCUCGAAUCCAUUCAUCAGCAGUUCAUUGUCUAUAAUAGGGAAAAGUAA